AUGUCUAGCGUGUUUUCACUGAAGGGGAAAGUGGCUUUGGUCACUGGUGGUACCCGUGGUAUUGGUGCAACUAUGGCCACUGCUCUGGCUGAGCAUGGCGCUGAUGUGGUGUUGGUGCAAAGAGAUACAACCAAUGAUUCUACCAAACUAGCAAUUGAAAAGCUGGGGUGCAAAGCUCAUAUCAUUACUGCUGACCUGUCAGAUAAAGAAGAUGUAUCAACUAUUGUCAAGAGAACUCUAGAAGUGGUUCCCACUAUUGACAUUCUCCUGAACUGUGCUGGUAUUCAAAGAAGACACAAGGCAGAGCAAUUUCCAGAUAAUGAUUGGGAUGAGGUGAUUCAAGUUAACCUCUCUACUGUAUUUAGACUUGCCCGUGAUGUCGGUGCUCAUUACUUGACCAAACAGCCUGAUUCUGCUGGCGUUCGUGGAAAAAUCAUUAACGUUGCAUCACUUCUGACUUACCAAGGAGGAAUCACUGUUCCUGCAUAUGCCGCUUCAAAGGGAGGUGUCGGCCAACUCACUAAAGCCCUGUCAAAUGAGUGGGCUUCUAAAGGUAUCAAUGUUAAUGCCAUUGCUCCUGGUUAUAUUAACACUGACAUGAACGAAGCCUUAAUUGCUGAUCCUACUCGUAGUCGUCAGAUCUUGGAACGAAUUCCUGCAAAUCGCUGGGGAAAACCUGAAGAUUUCAUCGGUCCUGUGGUUUUCUUGGCUUCAAAUGCAUCAAAUUAUGUCAGCGGGGAGAUUCUAGUUGUCGAUGGAGGUUGGAUGGGCCGCUAA